UCGUCGGUUUUAAUAGGAUUAUUAUUGGAGAAGAAGCAAAGGAAAACAUACCAAUAAUUUAGUGAAAAUGUCGAAUUUUGGAUACGCUGGACAUGGAUUUUCAUUGAAGGCACUACUUGAAGACCCAAACUUACAGACAGCACCAACUAUAAACAAUGGAGUUGGAAAUGUCAAGAAACAAGGCAAGACUGGAAGUUAUAUGCCCAUUGGCAAUCAAAAUGCAAGUUCUGCAUUCCUGGGCUCCAACUUGUGGGAUAAGCCAGGAGGAGAUGAUGGGUCAGCAUUUGACCUUGAGUACAUGGACUUGGAUGAGUUUUUGUCCGAGAAUGGGAUUCCAGUAAAUCUUGAAGAGAAUGACGAGGCGGAGACAAUAAGCUUGCUGGCAAGCGCUCUCGCCAAGACGCCCCCACAGUCGCCACAGCAUGAAUCAACUCCACUCUGCAUCACGCCAGAAAGCCCAGUCCGAGAUAUAUGCAUCACAGAGAAAGUUAAGGAAACAUCGAGCCUGGGUGGUUAUUUGCCGGAUAGUCCGGUCAACAGACAGUCCAUGUCACCACUCUCAUUGAGUCCAGUAGCCUCCCCGAGAGGAAAGGAGCCACAGUCUGCUAUUGAAAGAUAUCUCAUGGAUGACAAUUUUGGUGUGAAACUACCACCAAAAGUUACAGUAGUGACAUUGGAUGAGGCCAUUGGUGGCAAACGAUCCUUGAGCCCUGUCAAACGCAAGUCUUCUUGUCUUGCCUACGAGGAUACUCAGAUGGCUUCAAUCCCAGUAUACAUGCAGAACAAGCAUUCGAUUCAUCCCUCUGAAUACGCUUCACAGUCUAUGGACGUUUGGGAAGCGUCAGACAUAUCUAGUCAUUCUAGUAAUGCAGGCGAUGACUAUGAUGUUGACAUAGUGAGCUCAGUUCCAGGACAGGAAAAUUUUGACCCUACAAGCAGAAAAUUCUCAGAAGAGGAACUGAAACCUCAGCCAAUCAUAAAAAAGUCAAAGAAGAUAUUUGUUGAUGAACAUAGCAAAGAUGACAGAUAUUGGCAGAGACGAAAGAAGAACAACAUUGCUGCGAAACGUUCUCGAGAUGCAAGACGGGUGAAGGAAAAUCAGAUAGCCAUGAGAGCCUCAUUUCUUGAGCAGCAACAUGACAAUCUUUCGGAAGAACUCGAAAAAGUGAAACGGGAGAACGAAGAACUAAGGAAGAGGUUAUCGAAGUACGAAAAAGUGUAGCGAUGUGGUCAGACGUUUUUCAUCGAUCGUCAUUCAUAGUCGGUUAGAGAUUUUGUGUAUCAUUAAUUCGGAAGCAGAAUGUUGUAAGUUUUUGAGAAGUAACUCUGUUGUGAUGAUAGUGAUUUGUAAAUAUUUUUUAAUAGGACAUCAAAGACUUGCAAUUUUCUGUUUCAGUACGUUUGGAAGGAAAGCGAUGGUUUUUUUUCUGUACAGUGUUGAAUAGUGUUUGUGUAAAUAAUAAUGAUAUAGACCUAUUUUUCGUUAAAUGAAAAAAAAAAAAAAAAAAAAAAAAAGAUCCUGUGUAGUUAAUGUGUUACAUCUUUGAUCUGUGUCUAACCCUAGCUAUUAUUCUGUCAUUCCAUACAUUGUAUAUAUCUUGAUUGUAUUUGUUUUGAAUAGUUCAGUUGUUUAAAAGUUUUCAAACAGAGAGUAAAACAUGUAACAACUCUAGUCUACAUUUACCUCAGAAAAAGGGAACGGAAAGUUUUAUGUUAGACAUCUGGAAAGAGAAUUAUCACAAAAGAUGAACCAGUCCCAACGAUUUUCAGAAAAUAUACUAGCAAUAUAAUCCUAAGUUUUGUCUGACAUAGAACUGGUUAAGUGUAACAAAUGAAAAUUUACUAUGGAAGGUUUCUGAUAUGCCAAUUUUAAUUGAAAAUGAAGUUUUUAUAUUAUGACAAAUUAAGGUUAAAGCAAUGAAUGAUUGAUGGCUCUGACAACUGUUGCCAGCGGGCGUCUUUGUGUCAUAACAUCAGUUAUAGUAGCGGAAAGGUUAAGUUAAAUAACAGGUUAAAGUAUUGAAGAGUUCAACAUGUAUUUUCAAGAUAUAUUUUGUAUGUAUAUCUAUAAGUUAUUUAACAUUUUAACCGUUCCAUAACUGAACUUAAGUAAUAUAACUUUAGAAGGUUUUUGCUGGUGUAUCCAUGGUAAAAGUUGGUGUUAAUUUUAGGCAUACAUGUACUUGCUUGUAUUAUACAUGUUUGUAAAACGGGUAUCAUAUAACUCAUUUUACAUAUACUAUGACUCAUAAUAGAUCUGUGUUAAAACUCAAGAAAAUGGAGUUUUGGACCAUUCUGUAACUAAAAAAUAACUAGAUAAUAUGAUAGUGUAUUGCAGACAAUUUUGAAUUUACAACAAUGGUAAAUCUGAUAGCUAGAUAGUUUAGUUUAAGGAUGGUUGACUUGCUUCAUCAGACAAGAUGUCAACUGAAAUUAACAUAGAUCAAUAUAUAUAAGUUAGGUACAUUGAUUUUAUAAACAUAUGUGUUAUUUUAUUGCAUUAUCAAGGCCAGUUUUAAAGUUCAUACAGGGCAAAGAAAAUAAUAUAUCUACUUUAGAAAACUUUUACUUUUGAUUUUCAUUUGUUGAUAAUAACAUGGUGCAAUGCAUCAGCAACUUCCAACAUGUGAUUCUCAUUUUUUUUAGCAAUAAUUUGGUGCAUUAAGAAAUUAAUCAUGUAAGGAAUACAAAAAGUGAAGUUAUAUGAUACCUCUGCUUAUGCUUAAAUGCUCAUACAGACAAACCUGAGAGAAUGGGCAGGGUUGGGCAGGAGAUGGUUUUUUGAAAUGGACGGGUAUUCACAGGUUGAAGUACGCAACAAAUCUUUUAGGUAGUGGACCUGAUAUUACAGCUGGUAAUUUAAAUAAUCUCCUUUUGCUAUGUCGGCAUGCUUCAAUUUUUAUGGAAAUCUGUUGGUGCGUAGAGCAACACUUACAGCUGAAAAAUUUCCCAUUUGGUUAAUAUAAACACAUAGGAGCAUGGAAAUUGCUGAGUAUCAGUACGUGUCAACUACCUUAAGUUUGAGAUCAAACUUUGGGUCCUUAGAGGCAGCUUGUUUCUGUUCAUAGGAGCAUUAUACCACAGGUUUGACAGUACUUUUAUCCUUGUUUAUGGAACAAUUUGUCUUGUCUACAUUUGAAAAAAAAAAUCAAUAUUUUGGCUGUAAUGAUAUGGUGGGUAAUUGAAAUAGCAUGCAUAUCAUACCUAUGCAGAUGAACAAUAAUUUUAUCUGGACAACAAUAUCUUAGAGAGUAACACAUAGUACAUUCUAUCCUGUAUUAAAGAACAUGUGUGAAGAGAGGCUGCUUGGUAACAAAGACCACUAAUUUUAUUUCUAGAUUAAGUAUGUUAUUUUAACCUGUGAAUAAAGACCAUCUUUGCAUAAAGAACACCUGUACAUUAAGACCACUUUUGCCCCAUAGACCUACUAUUCAUAAAGACCACCUGUUCAUUUGAAACACUUGCAUGUACAGACCUUGUUUUCCUAAGCAUGGUCUUUGUAUACAGAUGUGACUGUAUUUGCAUUGUUAUUCAUGAAACCAUUUGUUACAGUUAGUGAUACAAAAGUACAAUCAGGGCAAUUUGAGUUCAUUAAUCGGAUUGACUUUAAUCUUAUUAUCACACAUGAUUAUGGCAUGUUUGCUGGCAUAUAUGCUCGUGAUUUCUCGGAUACAUCGGAUACUGAAAGCCAUCUACAAAUGAAAAAAAGAAAAAUUGUAUUGUUGGUAAUUAAUUAGCAUUCCUGUGAGCUCAGAGUUUAUUAACAUGGUGUAGAAGUAUAUUUGUACUUGAUAUGAAGAAAACAGGAACUGCUUGCAUACGUACAAUUUGCAGAAAUGCAUCUGUUGAAAAAGCAAAAAUUAGCAUAAAUUAUGCCGCUAAGAGCAUUUGACAUUCAUGUUUUCUUCAUGUUUUGUAUAUUAAUCCUAUGCUCAAAAUGAUUCAUGUAUGUUUCCCAUAUUUUAAAAUCAUGCAAAUAUGGUGUAUGGAAGCAAAUAUGUCUGCUGCAUGUUUUUGUUUACUCUUUGCUUAGUGUUUUUUUUUUCAACUUUGAAUCUAUUCAUUCAUAGAUAGAAUGAAAGUUUUUAAUAUCAUCACUUAGCCCACACUUUGACAUUAUUAUUUAAAUGUUGUUGGUGACUGGAUAUGGGAUAAUCAUUGUCAUCAAGGUCUGUAUAAGGCUCAUACAAUAUGAAAUUCCGAGACAGUAUACAAAAUGUUUCCCAUCACAAAAAAUAUCCUAUAUUCUAACACAAUCUGAUUCAUUUUCCUAUUUAACAAAGAAGGCUGAAACAGUGAAUUAUUAUACAACAGUUCACUGUUCUGACAUCACAAUUAUUACGUCAUAGCGUCAAACGGCAUAGCGGCGUGCUGGAAAAGAAAUCGAUUGAAAACGGGCACAUAUUUAAUGAAUGCCAUCAAGGAUGUACUUUAAAGUCCUUAGUAACGUGUUAGAAUUGAAAUAAUAUAUCUCAUUUAGUGAUUUGUUCUUGAAUAAAAUCAUUGUCAUUCAGAUGCGUAUUAUUAUAUCACUCGGGCUGCGCCCUCGUGAUAUAAUUCCUUCGCAUCUGAACUCCAAACUGAUUUAUUCAGCGGCAAAUCACUAAAUGAGAUAUUUUAUUUCUUAAAUAAUUUCAUCUUGCUGACACCAGUUACUGUACCUUGUAAUUAGCAAUUGCAAUCAAGAUCACGAAAUCUGUAUGGGAUCGGUCAUUUUAAGGAUUGUCGUAACAAUGAAACCCUCGAAAAUAAGUCCCCCAUGAAUACCAUUGAUUUAACAGUAGUAUCUCUGCACUACUAGUAUUUGUAUACUUAGCUUAAUUUUGAGAACUUUGUGGAAUGAAUGAGGAGAUAUCAGAGAAUACGCAGUUAGUCAAAUGUCUUUAAAGUCCAUUAUCUAACUGACAUAUUGACUUACAUGUACAUUAUACAUGUAUUGUCUAGCUUUAAGGGUGUUUGGUGACACAGUUUUAAGGAUGUUGAACUGAAAGAAAAAAUUCUUCAGGAUCAGGUUGACUCCCCCUGGAAAUUUUUGAAAUACAUGUAUAAAAUGGUGGCCUCUGGUGCAUUUUAGGUCUAAAUUUUGAGGUAUUGGAGGGGUACAAGACUCCCCUCUUAAUUGGAAAAUUUUGAAAUACAGGUAUGAAAUGGUGGCGUCUGGUGCAUUUCUGGGUCUAAAUUUUGAGGCACGGCUGGGCCUGUAUGAUGCAAAAUUAAGUUUAUUUCUUGACUUGAGCAAUGUUUUGGUCAGAAUAUUGCACUCGUGAAUGUCAGUUUUUCUGUUUUCAAAAAAGACUAGUGGCUAACAACUGAUUGUGGGUGUGGUGUGGUGGGUGGGGUGUGAUGGGCAUAUGGUUGACUGUACAAAAAGUGUGAUGUGACAGUAAAUGAGAGCAUGUAACUCGCCUUAUGGUACUAUAGACCUUAUUGUUAGGAAUUGCUUUACAGUGCAAGUUGUGAAAGGAACAAUUUUUUAGCAGGAAACCCUAUUUUCUUUUCAUUAUUUCAUUGAAAUACUUGCCUCGCUGUAAAAUUAUUGUGUCUGUUUGUAUAGAGAAUGGCUUCCAGAUUAUUGGUGAAAUGUAAGAUUUUUAAUAUUGGUGAAAAUGAAAGAAACUCCCUAUAUUAAAGAUUUUGCAUGCAACAAGAUACAACUAAUUUGCUGCUAUUUUCAGCUCCACUUUCCUGCAUAGGUAAUAGAGUAAAGAUAUAUUUUUUUACAUAUUUCUAGCUUCGUGAGUGUGUUUUUAAUGGCUUUAAAUUGUUACUAGUUGCUAGUAAAUAGUGAAUCCGGUCAGUUAAGGUACCUGUCAUUAAAUCACAUGACCCUUACAUCUGUAGGUUUGAAUCUUGCAUGAAUUGUCAUGUUAGGAAGCCAUCUUGCUGGCUUGUUGAAGGUCAGUGGUGUUACCAAGGUGCCUGCCUGUGACUGAAGAGCCAUUAGGGGUCUUCCAAAACUGUCAAGAGCUGGUAAGUUACCAUGCAUAUGAUCUGAAUUGUGUCAGUGUUACUUGAAACACAACUAAGGAAAAAAAACAACAUUUGAAUAUUUUUCCCAUAAAUCUGGAGGGACAUAUCUGUUAUAAGAUACAAUAGUUUUGCAGUGGCAAUUUGCUGUACCAGGCUUUACAAGCAGUGACGUAGUUAGGGCACUUACUUCUUUUUUAUAUAGAGUAUGUUUGUUUGUUUUUAGGUGUAGGCAGAAAGUUUUGAAAAGCAUGUUGUUAAUCUAUAGUAGCUUAUAAUAUGCCAACUGAAUGGUUGGUGGUGUUGCAAGAAACUUGUAUGUCUAAUCAAUGUUAUUGUUUUUGUGCCCGUGUUGGUUUUAAAGCUUUUCAGAAUGAAUGUACAGCUCACAGUUAUGCUAUAUUAGCCAGUGAUGAUAGAUUACAAAAAUCAGACUCUGUCUGUAAGGAACUUUAAUAUCAAAGCACUUGAAAUGAGCCGCGCCAUGAGAAAACCAACAUAGUGGGUUUGCGACCAGCAUGGAUCCAGACCAGCCUGCGCAUCCGCGCAGUCUGGUCAGGAUCCAUGCUGUUCGCUAACAGUUUCUCCAAUUCCAAUAGGCUUUAAAAGCGAACAGCAUGGAGCCUGACCAGACUGCGCGGAUGCGCAGGCUGGUCUGGAUCCAUGCUGGUCGCAAACCCACUAUGUUGGUUUUCUCAUGGCACGGCUCAAAUGGUGUUUUUAAUAUUUUAGAUGGUGUUUUGUGAAUGGCCUUGAUGCCAUAGAAGUGCAUUUUCCUAGGAAUGCUAACUAACUGAGGACAUUUUUCAUGUGAUUGUUUGACUUUUAGCAGUGAAUAUUGAAAAAGAUAAAGUAUAAAGUGUAUUGGAACAUCAUGUUUUUCAUUUUGAUUCAACAGCAUAAAAAUACUACUGACUUUCUUGAAGGGAAAAUUGUACUUUGUACAGGACAUUGUUUUCCUGAUAGCACUGUAAUUAUCUAAUAGAAAAAAUAGCAGAAACAUUGAUUAUCAUUGAUUUUUUUAAGUUUAAAAGAUCUCCUUUUUGGUAGAAAAGCAAUACAUUAGCUGCUCAUGACUUGACGACCAUUUUCAUUUUUUUUUUUUAUCAUUUGCAUGAUUUUUAUCAUGAAGUUGGGCAUUAGGUAAUUAAUGAGUGUUUUCAUGUUGGUUGUACAGCAUACUUGUUUGUUUUUAUGUACUUUUACCAAUACUUAGACACAGUAAUAUAGCUUCAAAUGUAGAUUUUGUUUUUCAUUCUUUGAGAAAAAUGAAGUAGUUCUUAUACAUGUAGAGAAAAGUUGUCAUUUUUAGUUACAUUUUAGUACUGUAACUAGUUACAUUUUACUACCUUCCUCAUUCAUGUUAAAAAGAACAAUCAGCCAUUAAAUAUUUUGUUUCAGUUUUUCAAUUUCACUAAAUAUUUUUAUCAUUUUAGUGUCCGUUGACAUGUUUCGAGCUUAGAAUUUUUAAAAGUUUAUAUGAAAAAUGACAUAUAUUUUGUAUAAAUUUUCAUAGAAGUAUGUGUAGAAAUUUAUCAUAUGCAGUAAUAAUGUAUCUUCUUAAACUACUAGAUUAUUGCUAUAAUAUUUUAUUCAGGUUAAACAAAUAGACCCUUAAUGGCAGUUGGCAAUUUCAGUGUGAUUAUGCAUUUCCCUGUGGUAUUCCGGCAUUGCUCAACCGCUAAAAUAUUGCUAGUAUUUAGUCUGUAUAUACAUAUUAUACACAGACAUGCAAUGAUUUGUGUAUUUUUGCUGUGCGCUCUAAUUGAUAAUCACUUCCGGACAUGCACAAUGAGCAACAUCGAAUUCUUACAAGCACAUGGCUUAAUGUCCAAAUUAAAUUUAGCUAAAACGUAAUUGAAUGGAAAUUUCUGAUUGGCAUUAAGGGUCAGUUACCUCCAAACACCUUAUUUUAAGUUUCUUGAUAAAGUUUUUACAGGUUAUCUGUUCCCUACUGGUUGAAAACCAGUUUUGGGGACAAGGAAUGCGCUUUUCCGUCUGUCCGUCAUUCCAUCCGCAAUUUUGUGUUCUGUCCAUAACUGCCAUCCAUGAAGGAAUUUUAAUAUUACUUGGCACAAAUGUACCUCAUAAUAAGACGAUGUGACAUGCACAACUUUCCGACCGCUAGCUUAAAGGUCAAGGUCACACUUGGCAGUCAUAUGUUAACAUGACAUGAACAGGGUUUCGUGUCCGGUCCAUAACUCUGUCAUUCAUGAAGGGAUUUUAUUACCACUAGGCACAAAUGUUCCCCAUGCUGAGAUGACAUGUCAUGCGCAAAUCCCGGACGCCUGGCUCAAAGGUCAAGGUCACAAUUGGAGGUCAAAGGGUAACAGGGCUUUUUUCCUGUCAGGUCAAUAACUACCAUCCAUGAAGGGAUUUUAAUAUUACUUGGCACUAAUGUUUCCCAUGAUGAGACGACGUAUCAUGCGCAAAACCUGGACCCCUAGCUCAAAGGUCAGGGUCACCAUUGGAGGUCAAAUGUCAAUAGAGUUUUUUUCCUGUCCAGUCCAGAACUCUGUCAUCCAUCAAGGGAAUUCAGUAUUACUUGACAUAAAUGUUCCCCAUGCUGAGACGACAUGUCAUGCACAACACCCAGAACCCUAGCUUAAAGGUCAAGGUCACACUUGGAGAUCAAAGGACUAUAGGAUUUUUUCUUCUUCAUGUAUAGAGGGAUUCUGAUGUAACUUGGCACAAAUGUUCACCACCACAAGAUGGAUUGUCAUGUGCAAGAACCAGGUCCCUAGGUCAAGGUCACACAUAGAGGUCAAAGAUCAAAUUCAGAAAUGUCUUUGUCUGGAGCAUUUCUUCUUCAUGCAUGGAGAGAUUUUGAUGUAACUUGUAACAAAAGAGGCACCCGUGUUUUUAGAAUUAUGUCCCUUUGUUAUAACUAUAAAUAGAUUAUAUUGUAUUUUUUUUUUUUUUGGAUUUAUUUCCAUUUGUUGUUACUAUAAAUAACUUCCUUUUUCAUAAUUGGCCAAAAAUUACAUGUGAAAACAACUGUAGGUUUUUAUAUAUGCAAAUUUUAAUCUAAGUGUUUUGUUAUAACUUAUUGUAUAUAUAGUACAAUAUUGUUAUAUAUCAUUGACAGAUAUUAGUUCAUUAUACAUAUAUUAUACUGCAGUAGAGAAAAUUAGGUGCACUCGAGUAGGGUAUUGCAUGGCAGUACUUCAUUCACUUGUUUAUCAUUGUGUUUGGGUAGAAAAUAGCAAAUCUAUUCAGUGGAUUGCUUAUACACAUAUGCUAAAACAUAUGAAAUCUCUAUUUAUUUUUACAAACACAGCAAGACUUUGUCUCCAAUAAUAUAAAUGAUGUCUGUUACAAUGUAAAAUGAUUUGUUAAUAUCAAUUUCACUUACCAUUAUCUCAUGUUUCAGCCUUAUUUAAUCUCACACAUUCUUUUCCCAUUGAUUAUAUUGUACAGAAUUCCACAUAUGUGUAAUUGUUGUCGUGUAAGUGGUGAUAUUUUACAUAUAGUUGAAGACUUGUGCCUUGUUGUUUUCAUUAGAAGAGGAUUUACAUUACAGUGAUAUCUGACUCUAGAUGGGAUAUUUGAAAUGAAUUUAUUUCUUUAGUGUUUGCAACCAGUAUGAAACAAUUAUGAUAUAUCACAAUUGCGAAAUCAAUAGAACUUUUUUCUUUACACUGUCUGCAAUUUCUUAAACUUUUAGUGAGGCUCAUAGUUUAUGAAAUCUUGAAAUAAAAGAAAUUAAAAGAAAUGCAUCCUGUCUAUUCUAGAUACAGGGAUAUUUUAUGAUGUUUUUUUUAUUAAAAGAAAUCAGCUAUAUUCACAGAGAGAUUAACACAUUUUCGUUAAAUUGAUGUUAUAUAGCCGGACUAUAUCCAUAAAAUAUAUAUAUUUGGAGAGAUGGAGGAAUUGAACUGAUUGUAAAAAAUUUCAGCUCAAAUUUGCCAGCUUUAGAUGUAAAUAAUAUAAUCUUUAAAUGUAAUCAAUGUGAAAUUAUAUUAUGCCUUUGUAAAUAGAAAAUAUGUUUUUCUUUGCAUUUAUUAAUAAAGGACAGAAUUCAUUUUUAAUGCAAAAGAUUUUAGAAUUUUUUUUUAUUACUGAAGUUGAAAAAUUGAAGUUUAAGUUUCUUAGGCCUUGCCAAGUGAAAUAAUUUAAUGCCCAUUGAGGGAGAGGUCAUUAUUUCUUGUUCAUUUUCCACAUUUUGUUUGGCCUUUCAAAAGCCUCAGUCUGCUCUGUUUAUUUUCUAUUUUACAGAAAACAGUCCAGAUAUUUUUCCAAAUAUCCUUAAAUUUUCUUACUUUUAGUUCUCUAUAGGGUUUCCAAGUGCUAGGGUGUUCCUGGACUAAAGUGUACCACACUUCCAGAUACUUUAGGUAGGGUAGAUAAUUGGCCUAAUUUGCUAACCAGACUGAAAGGUGAUAAUUGAAUAGACCAAACUUGAAGACUAGUCAAAAAAAGUUAUCAUGAUUUACAUCAAAUGAAAAUUACAUUGAUAUGUUCCAAUUUUUUUUAAAAUAUGGAGUUACUUCCUUAAUGUAGUUCAGGACACCUUGGACAAAAUGGGAAAAUAGAGAUACAAUGUUGUAAUGGAACUAUACACUUAUGACAAAAAGGGAACAUUUAGGUACAAUGUUGUUAUGGAAUUAAACGCUUUGGACAAAAAGGGAAAAUUUAGGUACAGUGUGUUUUCCAGACUUGAAAAACAACAGGUGAAGGUUAAAUCAAUGGAUUGCUGUGGUACUUACACAUGCAACAGAUGUUUAUUCAGACUGGUAUUUUAUUUACAGGUAUAAUAUAUGAAAAUGAGUACUUCUGUACUGAAAAUUAUUAUUACCAUUUACCCAUUUGAUUUCUUUCAGAAAAUCUUUAAAAAAAAUGUCUUUGAAAAAUUUUGUUAUAAAAAAAUGUAAAAAUAUUGUUUAAAAAAUGUUAUCAUUAUUGUUGAAUAUUUCAGUGAAAAUAAAAAGCAGCAUGAAAAAGUC